CGACAUGUAAACGAAUACGAAAGUGUGGUGUUACUAAGGUAAAAUUGUUAUGUAGGUUUCAGCCAAUGAAAUGUCAGUAUUGAGAAAACGUGUUCGGUUGUAUCUACGGGUGGUUAGUAAGAGUUCACUUUCUAGCGCACGCUUUCCCGAGCAAGUCGUGUUUUCGGUCAUGGACGCCAGGCAGAUACAGGGUGCAAUUUCUGAAGAAGUUAAUCGAGUUGUGUCGCGUCAACAGUCGGAAUUAUUGGACAAUCUGAAAGAUAUGAUGGACAGUCGUCUGACGGCGUUUCAGCAGAAUAUUCAACAAAUUUCAACUUCCCAGAUAAGUAAAAUAGAAGAAAAUCUUAAUGAACAUUAUGUUUUCCGGAAAAAAGGAAACGAGAAUCAAUAUAAACAUGAGGCAAAAGUGCUAACAAAACUGAAGGAAGCAAGGGAACAUUUGAACAGCGAUGACGGUGUAGAUUUAGCCAAAAGCAGCAUAAAUGAAGGUAUUGAGCUGGUUAAAAAUCGCCAAAAAGUCAUUAAGUUAGCAGAUUCGUCGCAGCUUGGUUGGAGAGUGGUUCAAGAGUAUGAAGCCAAUCCGAUAGCAGACGAUUCAGACGAUGAGAAAAAGAUGUACAGAGCGCAGAUGAGGGCAGAGAGAAAAGUUUUCAACGGGAAGAAGAGAUCUAGGUUCGAGCCUUAUCAAAAGAAACCGGCAACGGUUACUCGCAUGGAGACUGACGAGAAGUCAACAGGCAGUGGAAAACCCGGCAGAUGUUUUGACUGUGGGGCAAAAGGGCACUGGAGCCGAGAUUGCACAAAGAAAGAUGACAAGUCAUACAAGAUAAGUGAAAACUUAGAUAAUGUUUUAUCUAUUUCAAAAUUUGCACAUUUUGUUGAUAUGAAAAAUAAAAAAUCUCCAGUUGGUCGCUUAAGAUCACACUAUGACGAGUGGGAGAAAAUUGGAACAGGUAAAACAGUCCUAGAUGUUAUAAAGACAGGUUAUAGAAUUCCAUUCAAAACUAAUCCUGUGGCUAUUGAAUUGAACAACAAUAGGUCAGCGAGAGAUGAGCCAGAUUUCGUUACAGGUGAGAUCAAAAAUUUGGUAGAAAAAGGGUGCGUGUCACGAGUGUCUGAAAAACCUACAGUUGUAAAUCCUUUGACUGUGGCUAAAAAUAAAAGCGGUAAGCCAAGGUUAGUGCUUGAUUGUAGGCAUAUUAAUCCUCAUUUACACAAAUUUAAGUUUAGAUACGAAGAUGCUAUAACAGCAAAGGAAAUGCUUAAGAUAGGAGAUUUCAUGUUUUCUUUUGACCUAAAAUCAGCUUAUCACCAUUUAGAAAUAUGCGAGGAACAUCGACAAUAUUUAGGGUUUUCAUGGAAAGAAAAUGGAAAAGUGUCUUAUUUUGUUUUUAAUGUACUACCUUUUGGCAUUUCAACAGCAGGGUACAUAUUUUCUAAAGUUCUUAGAGAGCCUGUGAAACGCUUAAGGUCAGAAGGUAUAAAAAUUAUAACAUUUCUAGAUGACGGUAUAGCUGCAGGCAGAAAUUUUGAUGAGGCAUCAAAGGCAAAUGUAGGCUUUGGUGGCUAUUUUGAAAGUUUGAAUGACAGAGAUGAAAAUGUGUUUAUGGGUAGUGUAGUUGGAAAUUGGACAGAAGAAGAAGCAAUACAAAGCUCAACAUGGAGAGAACUUGAAACUGUUAAAAGGGUUAUGAAAAGUAAAGUCAUCAUUGAAAACUCAGUUAAAUGUAAUUUCGGACAGUAA